GUUUCCCAGAAUUCCCAGCGGUCGCGGGGAAAGUUUACGGGACGUAGGCGGCGGCGGCGGCGGCGGCGGCGGCGGCGGCCCGAUAGCGGUUACCAGGCGGCCCGCGGCGGAUCAUGGCCCCGGCCGGGCGUACCAGGCGUCUCCUCACGGCGUCCCCGGGCAGCUUCGCGGAGCGGGCAGACUUCCGGGAAGGAACUGACAUGCGACUGAGCGGCGGCCGGCGCGCUUAGCGCCCUGAACAUGCGGCAGUCCCUGUGGGCGACCCCGGGCUCCGGACAGGCGGCGGCGGCUCGGGAGGGAAGGAGGCGGCGGCGCCGGCGGAGGUGGCGGCGGCGACAGUCGGCGCCCGGCGCGGAGCCCUAGGGAGGGUGCUUAGCGCGGCCUCGGGCCUCGUCAAGAAGGAUGCUGUCCCGAAAGAAAACCAAAAACGAAGUGUCCAAGCCGGCCGAGGUGCAGGGGAAGUACGUGAAGAAGGAGACGUCGCCUCUGCUGCGGAAUCUUAUGCCUUCAUUCAUCCGGCAUGGUCCAACAAUUCCAAGACGAACUGAUAUCUGUCUUCCAGAUUCAAGCUCUAAUGCCUUUUCAGCUUCUGGAGAUGGAGUAGUUUCAAGAAACCAGAGUUUUCUUAGAACUCCAAUUCAAAGAACACCUCAUGAAAUAAUGAGAAGAGAAAGCAACAGAUUAUCUGCACCUUCUUAUCUUGCCAGAAGUCUAGCAGAUGUUCCUCGAGAGUAUGGCUCUUCUCAGUCAUUUUUAACAGAAGUUAAUUUUGCUAUUGAAAAUGGAGAGUCUGGUUCCCGAUAUUAUUAUUCAGACAAUUUUUUUGAUGGUCAGAGAAGGCGGCCACUUGGAGAUCGUGCACAUGAAGACUACAGAUAUUAUGAAUACAACCAUGAUCUCUUCCAAAGAAUGCCACAGAAUCAGGGGAGGCACGCUUCAGGUAUUGGGAGAGUUGCUGCUACAUCUUUAGGAAAUUUAACUAACCAUGGUUCUGAAGAUUUACCUCUUCCUCCUGGCUGGUCUGUGGACUGGACAAUGAGAGGGAGAAAAUAUUAUAUAGAUCAUAACACAAAUACAACUCAUUGGAGCCAUCCCCUUGAACGAGAAGGACUUCCUCCCGGAUGGGAGAGAGUUGAAUCAUCAGAAUUUGGAACUUAUUAUGUAGAUCACACAAAUAAGAAGGCUCAGUACAGGCAUCCCUGUGCUCCUAGCGUACCUCGGUAUGAUCAACCACCUCCUGUCACAUACCAGCCACAGCAAACUGAAAGAAAUCAGUCCCUUCUAGUACCUGCAAAUCCAUAUCAUACUGCAGAAAUUCCUGACUGGCUUCAGGUUUAUGCUCGAGCCCCUGUGAAAUAUGACCACAUUCUGAAGUGGGAACUCUUCCAGCUGGCUGACCUGGAUACAUACCAGGGAAUGCUAAAGUUGCUCUUCAUGAAAGAACUGGAACAGAUUGUUAAAAUGUAUGAAGCAUACAGACAGGCUCUUCUCUCAGAGUUGGAAAACCGUAAGCAGAGACAGCAGUGGUAUGCCCAACAACAUGGCAAGAAUUUUUAAGUUAAUUUUUUAAAAAUUUAAGUUUUGUAAAAGUUUUAAAAUAUUUUCACAGAUAAAACACUGCAAACAAGUACUUUGGUUAAUAAAGGCAGCUUACUUUUUAGAAAUUAUAAAAUUCUAAUUUUACAUGUAUUUUGUUAUUGUAAAUUUUCUUUUAUUGAACAAAAAAAUGAAUUUAUCAUUUUAAGAGCGAACAUGGCAAAAACUUUCAAUUGCUGUGUAUUAGGAAACUGCUUUGAAUAUUCCUGAUGGAGAAAAUGCAGCAAGAAAUGUCAUUAAGACGAGAUAUUAAACAGGAAAUGAUCACUUGUUAACUCACAGCAGCAGAACCUUUUUUUAAAAAAAAAAAAAAAGAACCUAUGCAGUAUUUUUUAAAAAGGUGUUUACUGUUUUAGUGUGGACCAUUGUCUGAAAUGGGAUAGUUUAAGUAUUACCAUAAUGUAGUUCAAAAUAGGAGAUGGAAACUUUAUUGUGAUAAAUUUCUAUAUAUAAUGUAUGUUGUUGUCCCCCCCAUGUAAGGAACCCUUUUAAAAGCAUGUUGAGACAGUAUUUUUUGGUAUAGAAAGAUGAAGAGCCUUUAAAUCUUUCAGGAAUACAUAUAAGCAUAAGACCUUAGCCUAUGUGGGGAAGGUGUGUGCAGCACUUGAAGUUGCUAAUAUUAUUACUUGCUCAUUUUCAGCCAGAGCUCUUACUGCACUUAAGAGCAGUAUUGAUGACACAGGAGGGUUCCUGACAGCAUAGCACAUUGUGUACUGACAGACUGGGUUAAGCUGCCAAAAAUGACAAUCAGGGAUUCAAUAAAAAAUUUUGGUUAUUAAAUUGAUUUUAUAUUACUUUAUCUUCUAAGCAUUUGACAAAGUUUAAAACCAUUUAUUUCUCUCCCAAUUUUUUUCCUUUUUGGUUUAAUAGUACUUAAGGCAUUUUUCAUAAUUAGCACAGUACAUUUGAUUGUAGACAAAUUUAUGAUACUUCUAGGCUAUAAAUCUCUAGAAUUCUGUGAAUUUCAACAUUAGUUGAAUUAGUUCUUCAGUUCUAUUUACAUGUGUUGUAAAUAUGUAAAUUCAUUUUUAGUUUAGGUAGUCUUCUAAAAUACAAAGCACUCAGAUAUCAGUGAGUUUGAAUUACUGAUAAGUUUGAAUUAUUGAUGAAAUGUUGAAAAUGUUAAGUGUUUCAUUUUAUAUAACAAGCUUAUUAAAUAUAUUUUUGUGGAAACUAAA